UUUCUCAGGGAAGAUAUUUUCGCGAUUUGAGCGGUUGUGAUCGAAAGUAAAAUUAGAUACUAAAUAUACAAAGAAAGAGUUCUUCUUCCUUCAUCCUCACUGCGACUUCACAUAUCUUUUUCUCUCCUUUAAUCCUUGAUCGGAAACGGUUUUCUCGGCGAAUUAAGAUCCAAAAUCUCAUUGAUCGAGAUUCUUGUUUCGUUUACGGUGUUUAUUUGACUUUGUUGCUGUUAUCAAGUUCUGCUUUUCUCUGUAAUUUUUGUUUUGAGCUCCGAUCGAUGGGAGAGUUUGUGGUUUUAAGUAGCGACGAUGGUAUGGAUACGAAUGAAGAGAUGAUGGUGAACAGAGGCAAGUCGUCGGAGGUUGUCCGGUGGGAGAAGUAUCUUCCGAAAACAGUGCUUAGGGUUUUGCUAGUAGAAUCUGAUGAUUCAACUCGCCAAAUCAUCACUGCUCUUCUUCGCAAGUGCUAUUACAAAGUUGUUGCCGUUUCCGAUGGUUUAGCUGCGUGGGAGACUCUAAAAGAGAAGUCGCAUAGCAUUGACCUUAUACUUACCGAGCUGGAUUUGCCAUCUAUAUCUGGUUUUGCUCUCCUUGCUUUGGUGAUGGAGAAUGAAGCUUGCAAGAACAUUCCUGUCAUAAGUACGAUGUGAUGUCUUCGCAAGAUUCGAUAACAUUGGUCUUGAAGUGUAUGCUGAGAGGUGCCGCUGAUUAUCUAAUUAAACCCAUGAGGAAAAACGAGUUGAAAAAUCUAUGGCAACAUGUGUGGAGAAGACAUUCUUUGCGUGAUGAUCCUACUGCUCGUGCUCAUAGCUUACCAGGUUCGCAGCAGAACCUUGAAGAUACUGAUGAAACUUGUGCAGAUUCCAGAUAUCAUUCUGAUCAAGGAAGUGGUGCUCAGGCUAUCAGCUACAACGGCCACAAUAAGCUAACGGCGGAUGUCAAACCGCUGGAUGAAAGAGAUUCUGGUAGAAUUGACAAAAAGCUUGAAUCUUUUGAUGUGACAAUGGAUUUGAUUGGUGGAAUCGACAAACGGCCUGAGUGUUGUUUUUAUGGAGACAACACUGGUGACGAGUGUGUUGGUCCCGAGCUUGGGCUUUCUCUGAAAAGAUCUUGCUCUGGAAGUUUGGAGAACCAAGCUGAAAGCAAGCAUCAAAAGCUUAGCUUCUCUGAUGCAUCAGCCUUCUUAAGAUAUGAGAAUAGCAAGCCAGCAGAGAAAGCAGUCGUUGCUUUAGAUGCGAGUAGUUCAGCGGAGCCAAAGACACCAAGCGAAUCACAUGAGAAGUUAAGAAAAGUAAGAUGCGAUCACGGAAGCGCUACAACGAGUAGCAACCAAGAGAAUAUCGGAUCAUCAAGCGUAAGCGGACAAAAUGAGUUAAGCUUCCGUAACCAAGUUCUUGUUACAAGUCAGAAGCCACACCCGCAAGAUUCUCCCUUUCCAGUAGAAACAAGUCGCCUGAAAGCAAGCAAGGAAGUAGAAGUUGGUACUCAAAGCACGUGCAACACCAAUGAAGGGAUCGCAGGACAAAGUAGCAGCACGGAGAAAUCAAAGGAAGAAGAAGGUCUCAGUGCCCAGCAACGUUGGAGUCAGAGAGAAGCGGCACUGAUGAAAUUCCGACUGAAGAGGAAAGAUAGAUGCUUUGAUAAAAAGGUUCGAUAUCAGAGCAGGAAGAAGCUAGCAGAGCAGCGACCACGAGUGAAAGGCCAGUUCGUGCGUGCCGUAAAUUCAGACGCUUCAACUAAAUCCUGAAGCCCAACCAAAGCGUUUUCACUAUUUGUUUUGUUGGCCUGGAUCCGGAACCAAGGAAAGACUUAUCUCUCUUAUCUACAUGGAAAGACUUAUCUAGAUUUGUCAUGUUAUGUCAUAUAUUUUAGUGUUUGAGUGUUUUCUUCUUAGCUAAUCUGAUCAACUACGGGGCGCAAUUUUCCCCAUUUUGUACAGAUUUUUUAUUAUAAAAUGACUCAAAAGUAAUUACGUAUCAGGUGCUUAAACAUUCUUUCCGCUAAAUGUAAUCCUUUUCUUUUUUGUCGUUCCGCUAAAUGUAUAUCCAAACAAUGCAAAUAUGAUUUUCUUUAUUUAUUUAA